CACCCAAAAUGGCGAGAAGGUGAAAAGAGGCCUAUCCCAAUCCCUUACAUGUAAAGUUAAUUUCUUUGUUUUAUUACAUCUGUGAUAUCAGGAAAAAGAGUUCAGAGGAAAUAUAUAUGUGAUCUAAAAGACCAGUUUUUACAAUAUGAAGGAGUUAUUGCGAUGAGUCAUUCAAAAAAUACUUUUUGAUCGUCAAAUUAUUUGUCGACUAGCGACUCCAGUUUCUCAGAGUACACCAAAUCAAAAUCAUCAUGCGAGAGUAUAAAGUUGUAGUUCUUGGAAGUGGUGGUGUGGGUAAGAGUGCUCUAACAGUGAAGUUUGUAUCGGGAACUUUCAUGGAAAAAUAUGACCCAACGAUCGAAGAUUUUUACAGAAAGGAGAUAGAGGUCGAUUCUGCUCCGUCUGUGUUAGAAAUUUUAGACACUGCAGGUACCGAACAGUUCGCGUCUAUGAGAGAUCUGUACAUUAAAAAUGGACAAGGCUUUGUCAUUGUUUACAGUAUAACAAGUCUUCAAACGUUCCAAGACAUAAAAACUAUGAAAGAACAAAUAAUUCGUGUCAAAGGAAUAGAAAAUAUACCCAUGAUAUUAGUUGGAAACAAAGCUGAUCUGGAGCAUCAACGUGAAGUACCACGUUCAGAGGGGGAGACUCUAGGACAAAUGUGGGGAUGCCCAUUUCUGGAAACGUCAGCUAAAAUUACUCAAAAUGUGAAUGAAAUCUUUAUAGAAAUUGUCCGAGAAAUGAACACUAGUCCAGUGAAGGAAAAGGCAAAAUGCUGUCGUUGUGUGGUUUUGUGAAAAAGGUGGAUGAUAGAUGACCAAUGAAAACCAAGAAUCAAACCAUAUAUGAUCCUGCCUGGCUUUUUCAUGUUACCUGAAUAAGUGCUUUUUGUUACUCCUACAGAUGAAGAGCCAAUCAGCUGCCUUCAUGCAUAUGUAACCAUAACUACAUUAAAUAUCCACCAAUCAGUGAAGAAUAUGCAUUGAGAACCAAAAAACUCUUUCUCACCCUCUUUGUAUUCAUAGUAGUUUGUCGGACAAUCAAGUCCUUGUGUUCUUUUAAAGUGUCAUCAUAUGUUUCAUAAUGUCUUUAAACUUAUAUGGAAGACAUUUCAUUAUAUACAGUUUUGAAAAAAAAAAAGAUUCUAUGUAUAAGAAAAUAUCUGCAAAGCAUAUAAAACAUCCUUGGAAUGGUAUAUUGUGACAUUACAGUAUACCCAGCACAUACAGUACAUGUCAUUGACGUACCUUUGGUUUCAUCAGUUGUAAAUACCCAUGCAAGAACUUGGUUAACUUAAGGCAAUUUGGUAACUGUAGUUUGGGGUACCCUAGUCUAACAACUCAUCAAUUCAGUAGUGGUACUUGGAAAAAUCCACCAGUAUUUUUUAUUAAAUAAAACUUUUACAUAUUGUCAGUUUACCUAGUCGAGGCAUGACAACAAUGUGAAAAAAAUUGGUUUAAACAACCACACCUGAAAUCUUUCCAUAUCUAUACUUGUAUAAAGUAUACAAAAUCUUGGAAGGCAAAAAGUAAGAAAGGAAAAAAGUAACAUUUUAUAUCUUAUUUUUACAACUCAAAAUAUGUUGAUGAUCAAAAUCUCUCAUAUUCGUGUGUAAUUCAUUGCAUGCUUAUAGUGCAAUUAAAAAAAAAUAUUCCAAAUGUCAGUUUCAUAACAUCCCACCACCUCAAAAUAUCCACUUGCAGAUGUUGAUCAUUUUAACUUGAAGGAUUUGACAGUUUUUUCAUUCUUAUUAUCAACACUUGUCCAAAAAUAAAUGUUCCUUGUUAAGAGAUGCCCAUCACCACACACCAUCAUGCAUGUAUUACACAUGACAAAUCAUUAUCUCUAACUUUUUAUCUGGCCAAAUUGGAAGAAAUAGCCAAAAUAAGUGUAAAGUAGAAUAAAUCAGCAUAGACUUGGUAAAGUGCCAUAUAUAAUCUUCUUCCUGUGAAAAUAAUGUGAGAACUGUUAACUUUCCAUACAUGUGUAGUGAUCAGCAGGGGUUUUUUUUCUAUCAGAAUUUAAGGAAGUUAAAUUCCCUGUAUUAGGGAAACAAAUUAAUGUUUUAUGGAAGCUCUUGAUAUAUUAAUAUAUUAUGUUACAUUGAUAUAUGUAAAGAUUUAUACAAUUUAAAUUUUGUAGCUUUGGGAAUGGAAAUAGAACCAUAACUAUACAUGUAGUCAUGAUUAAAAGAAGUGAAGAGUGUAGCCAUGAAAUAGGAAGAUAAUAUAUGUUUACAUCUAUGGAGAAGCACUAGUGCCAUAAUGAAUGAAAACCUAGAUUUUAGUAUUUCAAAUAGUUACCAAAUAAAUGUAUUACAUAUACAAAUUUCAGUGUUGAAAAAAAAAGGACUUCAGGAGACAUUUUACAUGAUCUGGAUAAUUCUGUACCUGGAUGGUAACCAGUUCUCAGAAACUUUUACCUUUCUGCAAUGAGAUUGGAAAAAAUUAACAAAUAUGAAAAUCAAACCAGUUUUUUUUUUUU